AUGCCCUCCACACCCCUCACACUUGGCAUAUCCAGUAUCUCAAGUAGUCGCAUAUCUGCCGAUGACUUCAAAAGAAGCUUACGUCAAAUUAUAGUUCCUUUGCGUCCUCAAGAGAAACCACUCUACUCGGGGCCUGCCCUUCCUACCUGGUCCAUAGCUAAUAAGUCGCCCCCCAAGAACUCAGAAGAUGGGCACUUGCCAAAGUGCUCAGAAACGACCCUUUUCACCGACCAGUACCUCACCGGUGAUUUGGCCGACGACUCGGAAACCGACUAUGUGGACGAGAGCGCCAUUGAUGAUGAUGACGACGACUUUUCCGACUGGGAAGACUCAACUGAGGGCAGCAACAAGUCCAGCAUCGACAAGUUCGUCUUCAAGCGCGUGGACUCCAAGGUCAACCUGACAUCACGCCGUUCGCUGAUUACUCUCAUGAUUGAUGAGCAGAACGGUCGCUCUAGGAUCCUCAGGAACAAUGCUUCUCCGUCCACAUCGGCAGUACCCUGGGCGCAGACUAGCCUCCCGGCAACUCCCACCUUGGCUGUCUCUCUUAACGAUUCCGAUGACGCUCCCCUAAUGAUGAAGCGUGGUGCCCGUUCAUCCACUCUGGAGCCCAUCGAAGAGGUGUCUCGUUCUCAAGCGCAGCCCAUCAUGGCAACGGCUAGCCAUAGCUACCUCCAAGCUGCUCUCUUUCCUCGGCCUAUCCGGCGCAACAUGCUCGCAACCGAGCUGACCGAGUCUCUCCGACGCAACCUUCUCUGGGAGCGCCAGCAGAAUUCGUCGACGGCCAACGCCGUUCUCAAGCCACGCCACACCUCUCAUGACGUCGCCAACCUGAAGCAGUACUCUGAAAACGUCUGCAUGAAUAAAACUAAGGAUGUCCCGAUCGCUCCUCCGGACUUCUUCGCAAACAUGCUCAACUUCGGAGGGUAUCACUGCCGUGGUUGGUAA